GAAGAGCACCCAGUCCUGUUGACAGAGGCUCCACUGAACCCCAAGGCCAAUCGUGAGAAGAUGACAACAAUCAUGUUUGAAACCUUCAACUGCCCGGCUAUGUAUGUCGCCAUUCAGGCCGUCCUCUCCCUCUAUGCCUCUGGUCGUACCACCGGCAUCGUCCUAGACUCCGGUGAUGGUGUCAGCCACACUGUUCCCAUCUACGAGGGUUAUGCCCUGCCCCAUGCCAUCCUCCGUCUUGAUCUGGCUGGUCGUGAUCUCACCGAUUACCUCAUGAAGAUCCUCACAGAGCGUGGCUACAGCUUCACCACAACCGCCGAACGAGAAAUCGUCCGUGACAUCAAGGAGAAGCUCUGCUACGUGGCCCUCGACUUCGAGAACGAAAUGGCCACUGCCGCCUCUAGCUCUUCCCUCGAGAAGUCCUAUGAACUCCCCGAUGGUCAGGUGAUCACUGUGGGCAACGAGCGAUUCCGCUGCCCCGAAGCCCUCUUCCAACCCAGCUUCUUGGGCCUAGAGAGUGUUGGCAUUCAUGAGACCUGCUACAACUCCAUCAUGAAGUGCGAUCUCGACAUCAGGAAGGACCUGUAUUCCAACAUUGUCCUCUCGGGUGGCUCAACCAUGUACCCGGGCAUUGCUGACAGAAUGAACAAGGAGCUCACCUCACUUGCCCCGUCAUCAAUGAAGAUCAAAAUCAUUGCACCUCCUGAGCGCAAAUACUCAGUUUGGAUCGGUGGCUCAAUCCUGGGAUCCCUGUCCACCUUCCAGCAGAUGUGGAUCACCAAGCAGGAGUAUGACGAAUCUGGCCCCUCCAUUGUUCACCGCAAAUGCUUCUAA